AUGCAAUCUUUCCACCCAUCUGAGUCUCUCAGAAUUGUCUGUGAGGAAUUCGGCCGUCACUGGGAUCUUCAAGUUGACGUCCAUGAACCUUUUUACCCCCGUCUGCAAGACACCGAGAGGGAGAUGGAACUCAUCAUGGGCAAGAAUCCACGUCCUCGGGGACAAGUCGGGCGCUCUUCACGGAGCCAGUUUUCCACCGCACUCUUCACUGUAACUCAUGGCGGUAACUCGGAGACGGAAGAUCAGAAGGACAGCAUUCAAGUGGCCACCGACACCGCUCAUACCCCCCAGCCAGUACCUGCCAGUGCCCCCGAUACCCUUCGUAACUACGACGAACAGCUAGCCAGUAUCCGAAAGCGACGCGUUCGGGAAGUGCAGGAGAAGGCACAAGAAAUCCACCAGCACACGAUGAUGGCCCAAGAAGCUUUCAAAUGGGGUCAGGAGCACGCACUCGCUGCUAUCGAGGUCGCCGAAAGUAUUGUUGAUACUUUCAACGCAGCCAAGCGUCAUGUCGUUGUUGUUCCUAAUGAUGAGGAACGGCCCAGCAAGCGUCUUCGCGAGAACUAA